UAGUUUAAAGAGUAGAGAAAUGGAAAAAGCUUUAAUCUUUGGGUUUGUUUUAUGUUUACAGCUUAGCAAAUUUGAUGAAUUAAUAAUAUUCACUUGUGGAGAAGUUAUGAUUUUUCUUAUUUUUGUAUGAUUCUUCCCAAAACCAAACCACUAGAUAAUGUGUUAAAGCUAUCACCUGCUCCAUUUCAUCAACUCCAUCUUUUCUCUAUUAUGGAUCUCACUUUGUAUAUGUAUAUAUAUGCUUUGAGAAUCUGAUUCUAUCAUCACAAUUCAUUUGCUUCAAACAACAAUCUUUGCAUCUCUGACUCUGAUCAUCUUUCUUGUUCAAUGGCAGGUCAAAAGAUACUUUCUUUACUGGUUAUAGCUCUUGUUGUUACUUUUGCAGCUGCGGCUCGGCUUCUUGAUGAAGAAGAUGCAUUCUCAGCUACUACAAACUCUGGCUCUGCCUCUACUGCUGGAUCAGGUUCCUUUCCUGGUUCGGGUUCUACAGGAAUUGGCUUUGGUGCAGGAACUGGGUCAAGUGGUUCAGGUUCUACUGGAACAGGUGCAGGUACAGGGUCAAGUGCUUCAAGCCCUUUGACUACAACUGGUCCUGGUCCUUUACCAAUUGCCGGCUCUGUCCCUGGUUCUUUAGCUGGUGGUGGUUCAGGUUCCUUGCCUACCACUGGUCCUGGUCCUUUACCAGCUGCAGGCUCUGGUGGUUCAGCCACUGGUCUUGGUGGUGGUGUGGGUGCCGGUCCAGCUCUUGGUGGUGGUGCUGGUGGUGGUGCAGGUGCAGGUGCAGGUCCAGGUCUUGGUGGUGGUUUAGGUCCUGACAACACAUUGGUAUUUUUUAUGCACGAUAUACUCGGUGGUUCAAAUCCCACAGCCAGAGCUGUAACUGGAGUAGUAGCAAACCCAGCUUUAAGCGGCCAACUCCCAUUUGCUAAAACCAACGGUGCAAACCUUGCUGUAAACAACGGAGUUCCAUCGGACAACAACAACAAUGGUAUUGUCAACAACAACAACGUACCUUUCCUCGUUGGACUAGGUGGAACCACGGCUAACAUUCUCCAGGCCAAUGGAAACGGAAACAACAAUAUAAACGGUUUCAGUGUUGCUAGCGGUGGUCAGCUCCCGAGUGGUUCCGCUCUUCAGAUGCUAAUGUUUGGGACAAUGACCGUGAUCGAUGAUGAACUAACUGAAGGGCAUGAGCUCGGAUCUGGCCUGCUUGGGAAAGCGCAGGGAUACUAUGUGGCAAGUGCGGUUGAUGGAACUAGCCAGACAUUGGCCUUCACUGCGAUGUUUGAGAGUGGCGGUUAUGAAGAUAGUAUAAGCUUCUUUGGGGUUCUAAGAACAGCGGUUUCUGAAUCACAUUUAGGUGUUAUGGGAGGUACCGGGAAGUAUGUGAACGCAAGAGGAUUUGCGAUUGUGAAGACGUUUACAGGAUCUAGCGGGAGCGGGACACAGCAGAAUCUGCCGCAUCAGUUCACUGAUGGGCUUGAGACUGUUCUCCAGUGUACCGUUUAUCUUUCUUACUAGUUUUUUUUUUUUUUUUUGCCUUAUUCUGUUGGUGUUUGGGAAUGUUUGGUAUGUGUGUGACGUGUCGUCGUCAUUUGUAAUCUAAAUAUGAAAGUUGUGUAAGAAAAUUGUAUUUACUUCUUUUCUUUUUUUCCUUGAAAUUACCAAUUUGUUUGGACU